AACAGCUUUAACCACUAUGCCGCUGUGACGCAGACAUUCCACUAAACACGAACCCAUCAGGCUUUACAAAGACUGUGAAUUAGGUAGCACUGCAACUCAAGUUCCCCAACAUGUCUGCGUUGUGCGCUCCCCCGCCGGUUGACUCAGCCCUAGACGCCAUCGGCAACACACCAUGCGUACGGCUGCGUAAUGUUGUCCCAGAAGGUAGCGCCGAUGUGUACCUGAAGCUUGAGUCUCUCAAUCCCACGGGCUCCUACAAGGAUCGCCUGGCUAGAGCCAUAGUCGAAGAGGCUGAGCAACGCGGGGAUCUGAAGCCAGGUUCAACUAUAGUCGAGGCCACUGGCGGAAGUACCGGGUCAUCCCUGGCCUUCGUCUGCACCUUGAAGGGGUACGGGUUCCAUGCCGUCUGCUCAGAUGUCUUCGCCAAAGAGAAAUUACGCACGAUGGCUGCUUUUGGGGCCUUUGUCGAUAUCGUCCACAGCCCCACCGGCAAGAUCACACCGGAUCUGUUCCCGUCCAUGGUUAAGAAGGCGAAGACCGUCGUCGAGGAAAACGAGGGGUAUUAUGCUGCGGAUCAAUUCAAAAACAAGGACUGCAUGGCGGGUUACAAGACGCUUGGAGACGAACUAGUCCAACAGUUCCCACGGGGGAUCGAUGCCUUCUGCGGUGCCAUUGGCGGCGCUGGCAUGGUUAUGGGAGUUGCCAAGGUGCUCAAAGGUGUGCGUGCCGAUACGAAGAUUGUCACUCUUGAGCCUGCAUCGUCACCCGUUGUUGCCAAAGGACAUGGGGGGGUUCACGGAAUUGAAGGUAUCAGUCCUGGGUUUGUUCCACCUUUGCUUGACGAUACUUUAUACGACGCAGCACGAGCAUACCCGGAGGACGAGGCGCGGGCUAUGUGCCGUAGACUCGCUAAAGAGGAAGGACUCUUGACGGGAACUUCAACAGGGCUGAAUGUUGUUGGAGCUCUAGCCUUGGCUAAGGAACUUGGUCCUGGCAAAGUGGUUGUUACGGUGGCCUGCGAUACAGGUCUCAAGUACACAAGCGGUAAUCUGUAUGAAUAGUCUCACUGCAGAAUUAAAAGGAAGCACCUCAAUAAGUCGCAAAGUCAACAUUGAACUCUGUUGCUUACCUUACUUGUCUGCUCGGUGGCUGAAGCGCAUGUUUUGGACUCCGUUGGUUUGACCGGCAUUACAAAUCAAUUGGCAAUUUUUCAAAUGGUUCAAAC